UGUAUUUUCAGAAUCUGUUCUGAAAAUGAAAUUACUACCUCUGCUGCCAGUAUUAUACUGUCUCUCUCUUGUACAAGGAACACCAGUAGCAGAGGCAGACGCAGAUGCCCAAUAUGGACAGAAUAACUAUGGAGCUAUGCCAAACCAGAUGGGAGGACCCGGUUAUGGAUCAGGAUACCAGGGUUAUGAUGGUAAUGAUAUGAAUCCAAAUGAAGCUGAUAACAUGGAAGGUUAUGGAACGCUUCAAAUUCCAGACUCUGGAAAUGUUGUUCCUUUGGAUUCAGAAUCAACAGAUCCUGGAUACAAUCCUAAUUACAUGCAACAGCCAACCAAUAUGGUAUACCGACAAGGAAACCCUGGCCAAUAUGUUAGACCAAUGAAUUAUGGAUUCCAACCUGGAAAUAUGGACAAGUACGCCAGAUCAGCAGAUUAUCCUUACAUGAACCCUCCUAUUUCCUCCUACAAUCCAUCUCCUCCAAUUAGCUCACCUAACUACAACAACCCUGUCAGCACAUAUCCCUUGUUGCCUAUAUAUCCCAACAGACGACCAUCUUACAACAACUACCAGCCAUUGAACAGUCAGGGAAAAAUGUUUACCAUAAGCUAUACUCCUAUCCAAGGUUCUCCUUGCUCUUCUGUCUGUAGAUCAAGACCAAUGAUAAAUUCUCGUCCUUUGUGCAACACUGCUUGUAACAUCAAACCUAGCUGCUCAAUGAACAAACCUCAGGUCGACUAUGCUGUUCAGGGACAGACAACAUUUUGUAAACCAAAGCCUGUUGUUACAUCAAUGGGAUGCAGUUCCUCAUCUGGAUGCUCUGGAUAUAAUCCAGGAUAUGGUUCUGGAUACAAUCCUGGUUUCGUCUCUGGUGGUUCUGGAUACAAUCCUGGUUUUGUCUCUGGUGGUUCUGGAUACAACCCCGGUGUUGUUACUGGAGGAUCCGGAUACAACCCCGGUGUUGUUACUGGAGGGUCUGGAUACAACCCCGGUGUUGUUACUGGAGGGUCUGGAUACAACCCAGGAGUUGUUACUGGUGGUUCUGGCUAUAACCCUGGAUUACCCUGUGGUGGAUCAUCUUGUGGCUCCCCAUGCUCCGGGUCUACCUGCAGUGGAGGAUCUGGAUACAACCCAGGAGUUAUCACUGGAGGAUCUGACUACAACCCUGGAUAUGUCAAUGGAGGUUAUGGAUUCAACCCAGGUUUCAAUGGAGGAUCUGGCUUUAACCCAGGAUUUAAUGGAUAUGUCAUGAAUCAACAAGCUAAUAAUGGGGAUUCUUUUGUUUGCAACAGUGAAGGUUGCACUAAGGCACUAAGGCAAGCCGUAAAUCUCCCUGGAAAGGUUGGAACUUGGAGUGAUGGAAAGACAGCUGCCGAAGCUGAUGUCGAGGGCAGCUCACCUUAAUAUAGUACAACGAACAAGUCUGUUGCACCAGUUCUAUACAACUAAAUCGUGUACAUAAUCAAGAAUAUUCUGUAAGAAUGCAAACACUACCAGUAACAUUAAAUCCAUGUAUGUAUGUUGUGCAGAAUAACGUAAAUGUAAUUAAAGUGACAAUAUCUGCAACUUUUAAUCUUUCUCAUUGUUGUUGAAUUCCCUGUUUAAAAUUACUGUUACUUUAAAUAUGAAAUAAAUUUAAUAAAUUUGAA